GCUCGGUCAAAGCCGAUAAGUUUUGCCUUUAUACUUGUUUCUAUUCAGUUUGAUUCAGUUUCACUGAGGCAUUCGUACGAGACGUGUGUAUUUGGAUAUUUCCCUUUCGCUUUGUUAUACACGCGCUUCGGGCCAAAAGUCUAUGCGCACUUAAUUAUAUACUAUACGUAUAUGUACAAAUAAACAAAUACAGCGUAUGCUAAUUAGUUUUAUCCAAGUGCCUGCUCUACCUCUUUUCUAUAAUAUAAACAAUAUAUUUCAAAGUGCCAUGUUUUGUGAUAAUUCUUUUGGAAAAGAAUUUUCUUGAAAAGUUUCUUGAAAAGUGAAAGAAAAGGAAUGAUGUUCCAAUAGUUGCCAAUUUCAGAGAAGAAAUGAUGAUUGUUUCGUAAUUUAGAACGAGUCUUUCAUGGAAACGAGAAUUGGGAGCAGUUGAUUUUCCACUUACGAGAACUUUCACAUCUUUCAAAUUUUGCCGCUCAAGUGGCAAGAGACCACGUGACUGUCCCUUUUAUUGACCGUGAAGUGUCCUGGGUUUUGAUUGGCUCACUGCCCACGUGACCGAGUGCACGUCACUUUUGGCGUCUGCUGCAACAGCAGCAGCAGCAGCAGCCUUUGUCGAAACCAAAAGGAAUCUUUAAGGGACAAAGGAUUCGAGUUGUUUCUUUUGUACAUUUUCUUCUCCAUCACAGUAACAAAGAAUCGUUUCCUUCGUAUAUCAAAACGUUCACCUGGUGAAGUUGAUCGCGCGUCUUCAUCGCGAACAAGAAUAAUUAAUCACUGUCAAAACUACUUUAUCCGGUUGUUGAAUAAUUUUUUUUUCUUGACAGUUCUGCAAAUAUAUUUGUCAUCAUCGCAAGUGUGGUGUUUAAAAUAAAAUAAUCUACUUUCCUGUUAAAAGGAUUUUUUAAAUUUCUAAAUGAAUCAAUCAAGUGAAAGUAACUGUUGACACACAAUAGAUUGCUGGCAUUGAGAAUUCUACUGUCAAAACUCAAUAAGAUGAGGAAAAUUGAGUGCAAUUAUAUUUUUUGGAGCGUAAAAUAGAAACAUUUUGCAAUUAUUGUAAUAUUUGUAAUUAACAAGAAAUUCACAAAUAAGAUUGAAGGAAAGGGAGGAUUUUUAAUAAUUGAGACGUGCAUUUGUCAUGUCUCAAGAAAAUUACUGAGAAAUUAAAAUCUGACACCUGCGACGAAAAAAGAAUUAUUAAAAUGUACAGCAUGAACUAUAUUGGCAAGUUCAUCAGUAACUUUCGUGAUUUUUACAAUGAAAUAAAUGCAGCAACUUUGACUGGGGCAAUUGACGUUGUCGUUGUCGAACAACCUGAUGGAUCGUUCACCUGCUCGCCUUUUCAUGUCAGAUUUGGAAAAUUGGGAGUUCUUCGUUCUCGCGAAAAAAUUGUGGACAUAGAGAUAAAUGGAGAUCCCAGGCAAAUUCAUAUGAAACUCGGAGAAUCAGGGGAGGCAUUUUUCGUAGAAGAAGUGAGUUCCAGUGGAUGCCCUUUAGAUUCUGAAAUCCCACCGCAUUUAGCAUGUUCACCAAUUCCAGACGACAGUUGCUUUCCGCCCGUCAGAUUCAAUUUACUGUCGGAACUCCCACAGGAGCAACAUGAAAAAAUUCUCCGCGAUUCGGUAUUAUCAAUUGAGAGAGAAAAAUGGGAGCAAAUGUCCGCCUUGCCACCAGAUCAACGUGAAAAAUUCCUCGUCGAACAAUUUUCCGAUUUACCAUUAGAAUUACGUGAAAAAUGGCUUCAAAUUGCAUCGAUGACAUCCGAGGAACGUGACAAAAUGUUUAAAGAAUAUUACGAAUCAAUAUCAACAACACAAAAGCAACAAAUGAUUCGCGAACAAUAUUCGGCAUUAAAAAAUGAGGACAAAGAACGAUUGUUUAAGGAGAAUUUCCCCGAAUUACCCACUGAGCAAAGGGAGAAUUUCGAGAAGGCAUUACUCACCGAUUGGCAGGAGCCAAAAUGGGAAACUAAAGCUAAUCUAAUUAAAAAUGAUAAUAACGAUGAGGAUGAGGAAAUUUUCGAUAUGGACGGUUUGGAUGGUGAACCAACGUCCAUUCCGGUUUCAACGCCAAAAUCAUUUAUAGCCGUGACAUCGACAGAUCGAAUUCGUAAAAUAAGUGUUGUUAAUAAUGAUUUUCGUCCAAUAAUCGAUGAUCCACAAAGUAGUAGCAAGGAGAAAUCGAGUGAUGAAUCUAAUACAUCGUUGACGAAGAAAAUUUCCAAGGACGAAAGUAUUGAUGAUACAAAGGGUGGCAAGAGAAAACGUAAAAGAAGAAGUGUCAUGAAGAAGAAAAAUUCGCAGAGAAAAGCGAGUAAUGGCAGUAGUAGUCAGGCAGAAAUGAGCGAAAGUGAUAAUCUAGUCGUUGAGGAAUCGCCGAAUGACAUUUCGAAAAGUUCAUCGACUGAAAUUGAUAAUUCCGAAAACUCAAUAUCUACAGUUCUUGCUACUUUCAAAACUGAGACAACAACAAUACUUCCAGAGACUGAUUUUCACUUUUUUAGUGAUACGGAAGUUACCAAGAAUCGGGAUUCCAGGCCAUGCUCGCCCGUACAAUCGGAUUCAGAGUUUGAAGUCCGCAAAAUAUCACUGGAAACAACCGAUUUGGAUGGUGACAAGAGUCAUCAGAGUUGGCGAUGGGGCGAAUUGCCAAGUCCACCACCAGACUCUGCGUACAAUUCUCACAAGAAUUCAAUAAUAAAUUCGACUGUUCAAUCAUCACAAAAUAAUGACACAGAGGCACGUCGUUCUAUGCUCAGUGGCAUGUUCUCCUUCAUGAAGAAGACUUCUCGCGUAAGGCACAAUCCAGAAUCAGAGGGGAUUUAUCUUAGUGAUAUUAAAGCCGAUGAAUUGGAUCCCGAAGUUGCAGCUCUCUAUUUCCCCUCUUCCCAUCGUGGUCCUUCGGUUGUUAAAGAAGGAAAAACAUUAGACGAAGAAGACGCGGAAUCUGGUAAUGGUCCAAGUUUACCACAAAGUCCAAAUAGUUUCGAGGGCGUUAUUGGAGGGCCAAAAUCGCUAGACAGCGAUUUUGAGGAACCAAAAAAUUCCCUAUUUGAAAAUAUUGACGUGAGUCUCUCAUUGUGUGGGGGUCUCGAAUCAGAGCAUGGUCCAUCGGACAUUGCUUUUCAUCAAAAUCAAUUGCAAUUUGAGGAUUUAUGCGCCGAUCCAAAAUUAUAUGAGAAUCCAAAUCUAACUGUUAAAAUAAAUGGAAAAUACUAUAAUUGGACAACGGCUUGUCCGAUAAUAAUGACACUGGCUGUAUUUCAACGGCAACUACCUCAAUCGGCCGUUGAGGUUUUGUAUUCUCAAUAUAUGCCGAUAUUAAUGCACGACGAUAAGAAAAUGGAGAAUGAAACGAAGCCAGAGGGUCGCAGUAGUUAUAGUUCUUGGUUUUCAUGGCGACGAUCCACUCAGCCACCAAAAAAGUCCCAAGAAAUUAGUCAAGAUGAAACUGAUGCACUUACAGAGCAAGAUAAUAUUGAGGCGAAAGAAGAAACAGUAUUAGAUGAAACUGAUAAACCAAACGAAGAAAAAAUAAAGACUGCGGAACCAGUACAAGUAAUAAUAACAACUGGUGAUGAUAAAAUUGAAGCAACAGUAAAUAUUCCUGAUACUCAUAAGGAAAUAAGUGUCGUGAAAACGGAGAAAGAAAAUGAGAAGGAGGGCGAGAGUUACAGUGGCAGUGAAGAUUCUGACAGUAAUCAAAAUAAAACGCCGGGUAUUAAAAUUCCAAUGGAAAGGAGACCCUAUUACGAGGCUACGGAAAAAUACAGAAAAACUCUCAGACUCUCCUCCGAACAAAUUGUAACACUCAACUUGAAGGAAGGUCCAAACGAAGUGGUAUUUAGUGUGACGACAGCCUAUCAAGGGACAACGCGUUGCAAAUGCCACAUUUAUCGAUGGCGAUGGGACGAUAAAAUUGUUAUUUCAGACAUUGAUGGAACAAUAACGAAAUCGGAUGUUCUCGGUCACAUAUUGCCGAUAGUUGGAAAAGAUUGGGCGCAAUCUGGUGUUGCUCAACUUUUUACCAAGAUUAAAAAUAAUGGCUACAAACUACUUUAUCUAUCGGCGAGAGCAAUUGGCCAAGCGAGAGUUACGAGGGAAUAUUUAAAAAGUAUUAAGCAAGGUGAUUUAUCAUUGCCCGAAGGACCAUUGCUCUUGAAUCCGACAAGUUUAAUAUCGGCAUUUCAUCGCGAGGUCAUUGAAAAGAAGCCCGAGGAGUUUAAGAUUUCCUGCUUGAGUGAUAUACAAGCUCUCUUUCCCGAGGAUUCGAAACCAUUUUACGCUGGCUAUGGAAAUCGUAUCAAUGAUGUUUGGGCCUAUCGAGCAGUUGGUAUUCCAAUAAUGCGCAUCUUUACAAUUAAUCAUCGUGGCGAAUUAAAGCACGAAUUGACGCAAACAUUCCAAUCAUCAUAUUCAAAUAUGAGUUUUAUAGUUGAUCACCUCUUUCCUGCUUUUCGUGAGGACGCGGCAGAUGAAUUUAGUCAGUUUGCUUACUGGAGAGAACCAAUAACAGAAAUGAAUCUCGAUUCAUUGGUCACUGAUUCUCAAAGUACAUCGAAAAUUGCUUCUCCUUCUUCAACUUCAACGUCAUCAAAAAAAUAAGAAAAAAAAAUUAUACAUUAUCUUCAGUUAUUAAGUAGCUUUGAGAAAUAUUUUUUUCCUUAAAAAAAUGAAUUGUAUAUAUUUAGUUUCAAUUUAUGGUGGAUUUUGUUUUUUUAAUUACUGCUAUAUAAUUAUAGUUUUCGUCUUUGGUGUUUAAAUGCAAAACACAUUCCAAGGCAGGUGAUAUCAGAAUUAAAUAAUAUAAUUUAAGUUACCGACACUGGCUGUCUUUAGUAUUAAGUUUUUUUUGUUGACGUAAAUUUUGGUGCCUAAUUGUAGUUAAUGUGCCUAGCAAUGUGAUCACAAUUUUUCAUCAAAGUUUUAAGAAUGAAAAGGGAAUAGAAAAUCGUGAAAAUAUUUGUUUUUAUGAAAUUUAAUAAUAGAUGUGGACAGUUAGAAAAAAGGUAUCAGUUUAUGACAAAAUGCACUUAGUUUAUAUUUAGCAAAAAAAAAAAAAAUCUACAUAUUUGAAUGAAAGAAAUAGUACACUGACUAUUAUUAGGAUUUAUUGUAAAAUGACUGUCUCAGAUUUACUGGAUUUAUUGUUUAAAAAAGCAAAAGUCUAGUCCUUGCCAGUGAUUUAAAUCACGAGACCCAUAUAUUUUUUCCCUUGAUAAUUUUUUAAGUUUAAAAAACCUGAAAAAUGUGUGUGAUAGAAUUUAAUAUUUUUUAGACAUUAAAAACGAUUCCUUUUGCAAUCACUUUAGUUUAAUUUAUUACUGUGCGAUUUGAAUUGCUUUCUGUUUUUUGUAUUUUUUACAAUCUUUAUGUAAAAAUUAUUUAUUCGCUCCAUUUUUUUUAUGAAAGUUUUUAAGCUACGUGAAAUUAUGUAUUAUAAAUAUUCAAGCAAUGAAAAACGAUUGAAGAAAUUUGUGAUACCCGAUCAAAUAUUUUUAUAUUGUAAUUUGUUUAAUUUUUUUUUCUUCCGCUUGUACGGUAGCAUUCCAUUGUACCUAAUUUUUACAGAAAGAAAAGUAAAGGUGGAAUUUAGUUUUGAAAAGAGAUUUAGAAAAUAUUUGUUUCUUUUUUUUGCAAAGUAAAAAUAACUUUUUUAUCAAUGAUGGAAAAAGAAAAAUAUUUGAAUUUUUUUCACAAUACAGCUAAUUCUAUGUAAUGGAAAAUAAAUAUAGUAAAAAUAGGGUACAAAUGCAUUUUACCAAAGAUAGUACACAAAUCAAGCGAAUAUCACUUUGCACAUAUGGAAAUGAUAAAAAUUAUUGAAUUUUAUGAAUAAUUCGCUGGUCGAUUUGUGUUUGCUGUUCUCAUAUAUACAAUACUCUCCUUUCAUCAAAGUGCAAAUCAUACGCGUUGUAUUAUAAAAAUCGUUUCCUCUAAUUUGUAUAAGAAACUUAUUGGAAUUUCUAGAAUUUUGUCUUAUAUUUUACUCUAGUUAUGUGCUACAUGGUAUAAAUACAUUUAGUUUCUCUGAA